GGUUCCCUUGCUGGGGAAAUUCCCCACACUUUAUUCUUUCUCUAUAACUUCUUUAUGAUCGUGUCUUCUUCCUAAAGAUUGUCAAUCUCCAUAUCGACCUGUCCAGUCAACAGAACGCGUCUGUGCAAGCUUGGAGAGCUUACUAUCAAGAACCCAUUGUGCACGAUCUCAACCUGGAUUGACUCCAGCCCCGGACAGAUCAACAAUGAAGUGCAUUAUUCUCCUUCUGGCUGUGCUCCUGCUCAGCAUCCAGGUGGCUGCGCUUCCUCGCGUUGUCGCCAGAGAUGGGCCUUUCGAUACUGUGAUUGUGCUGGUCGAUGAGGCUGGCAAGCCUAUCAAAUACGUGACGGAUGCUGCCAAUGGCCUCUUGUCUCAAUUCCAGCCGAAGCCCGAGCCCGACCCUAAACCGGAGCCCAAACCCGACCCCAAACCCGACCCCAAACCCGACCCCAAACCCGAACCUAAACCAGAGGAGACCGAACCCAACACCGACGCCCGCGUCCCCCACGGCAUCUCCUACAGCCCCUACAACGCCGACGGGACCUGCAAGACGCAAUCCCAAGUCAACGCCGACAUCGCGCGCAUCCAGCCCCAAUACGCCUUCGUCCGCAUCUACGGCGUCGACUGCGACCAAACACACACAGUAACCACCGCCGCACGGAAACACAACAUGCAGGUCUUCGCAGGCAUCUACGACCUCCAAGACUACGCCUCCAGCCUCCAAACCAUCAUCAAGGCCGCCUCAUCCGACUGGUCCACAAUCCACACCAUCUCCAUCGGCAACGAGCUCGUCAACCGCGGCCAAGCCACCCCCCAACAAAUGGUCCAAGCCCUACAGCAAGCGCGCGACACGCUUCGCCCCGCCGGCUACCAAGGCCCCAUCGUAACAGUCGACACCUUCACCAUGCUCCUCGCGCAUCCCGAGCUGUGCACCGCGUCCGACUACUGCGCGGCGAACUGCCACGCGUUCUUCGACGCAACGCAGUCGGCGGCUGGCGCGGGCGCCUACGUCGCUGGUAAGGCGGGGGAGAUCUCGCGCAAGGCGGACGGGAAGCGCGUUGUGAUUACCGAGUCUGGGUGGCCACAUGCUGGGCAGGCGAAUGGGAAGGCUGUGCCUUCUGUGGAGAAUAAUAGGGCCGCUGUGCAGAGCCUUAGGGAGAGCUUUCGGGGGAAUCCGGCGGAUUUGGUUCUGUUCUCGGCGUUUGAUGAUGCUUGGAAGAAGGAUGGGGAGGGCACGUUUGGGGCGGAGAGGUUUUGGGGGAUCCAUGGGUUGUAGUCUCCUUUCUUCUUCUUGUUCCUCCUCUUCUUCUCUGUUUCCUUCUUUGAUCCUUCUUGAGGGGAGAGAAAGAAAGAAGGAUAAAAGCUGUGAUUUUACUGUACCUUACUUUACCUUCUUCUGUGCCUAGUUUCGGCAUUCUCGUUCAUGUAUUUAGUUUAGUUCUUUACUUGACUUGACUUGAGAGAUGAAU